AUGUCGACCUCAUCUGUUAAAGAUUUGGAAUCUCAAAACCCACCAAUAGAAGCAGUUUUGCCCUCGGCUGAUGAUGCUUUCCCACAAGCAGAUCUACCAAAACAAAUGCAUAAAAAGUCUAGAUUCGAUAUAGGCCCAGAUACAUGGCAUAACCAUUUCAUUGCAGCUUAUGGUGAAUUCGUCGGCACUUUUAUGUUUCUUUUAUUUGCCUAUAUAAUUUGUAAUGUGGCUAAUCACGCUUUGGAAUUGAAAAGUAGUGCAAAUACCCCGACUACUUCUCAUCCCUCUCAAGUCAUUAUGAUCGCUAUCGGUUUCGGAUUUUCUCUUAUGUUCUCUGUUUGGUGUUUUGCAGGUGUCUCCGGCGGUGCUCUGAAUCCUGCUGUAUCCUUAUCUUUGGCUUUAUCUAGAGCCAUCACUCCUACUCGUUGUGGUGUCAUGUGGGUCUCACAAAUUGUGGCUGGUAUGGCCGCAGGUGGUGCUGCUCAAGCUUUGACUCCAGGCCCUGUUCUUUUCACCAAUGCCUUGGGUCUCACUUGUUCAAGAACUAGAGGCUUGUUUUUAGAAAUGUUUGGCACCACUGGCCUAUGCUUGACUGUCUUAAUGACCGCUGUUGAAAAACGUGAAACUAACUUUCUUGCUGCUUUACCUAUCGGCGUUGCCUUAUUCAUCGACCAUAUGGCUUUAACUGCCUACACAGGCACCGGCGUUAAUCCAGCAAGAUCAUUCGGCGCUGCUGUGGCCGCCCAUUAUUUCCCAGGGUAUCACUGGAUCUACUGGAUUGGCCCAUUAUUAGGUGCUUUCCUAGCUUGGUCCGUUUGGCAAAUCUUACAAUGGUUAGACUAUCAAAAAUGGGUUGAAGCUGAAAAAGCAGAUUAA